GGUUUGACAGCAGACCUGCCCUGAAGUCUUUCGCACAGAAGAGGUUUUAAGGAGUGCAGCAAGGACGACAGGGUAGAGUUCUCGCCAGGCAGAGGAAUCACCUGAUUCGAGGGAAAGCAAAGCAAACUCUGGAGGCCAAGACGAAGAUAACCAGCAGCCACCACAGAAGUCGCCAAAGCCUAUCGAAGGAGCAGCUUCGGUGAAUAGCUGCAGAUCUUCAGGGACUAGCAUAGCAUCUUCAUAGAAGAAAAAGAGAUGCCAUUCCAGUGUUGGAGGAGGAAGAGCCAGAAGCGGAGUUCCGAGAUACAUGCAUUGUCCAAGGAGAGGUGGUGUUGGAGUGAAGGAACUGAAGAGGCAAUGCUGAGAAAGUGGCAGAUAAACGAGCAUCCUUGAGAAUUCCUGUCCAGUGAUGCAAAAUGGUGAAAAUUACAGAGCUGCUACUGCUCACUCUUCAGAAUUUACUUGAAGAGGAUUUGAGAUUAUUCCAGUGGUUUCUGGUCAAUGGUGUGGAAGGAUUUACUCACAUCCCAAGGGCUCAGCUAGAAAAGGCAAGUAGACAUGACACCGUGGACAAGAUGGUGCAGAGCUACGGCGAUAAGGGAGCAGUGGAGAUCACACAGGCCAUCUUGAAGAAGACAAACCAGAACCAACUAGCUGAGGAACUGAGCACCAAACUCAGAGAGGAGGUAGCUGAAAAGAUCCCAGCAGCCUCCACUGCAGCUCCAACUGAAGACUCAGAUCAGCAGCAGCACACACAGCUGAUGUCCACUCUGAUCCAGAGAUAUGAACGUAUACUGAUUGGAAAUUCACUGACAGGCCACAAAAAGUUCUUGGAAGACAUCUACACUGAUCUGAUUAUAGUGCAGGAUGAGAGUGGAGGAGUCAUUUGUGAGCAUGAAGUGAUGCAAAUUGAGAUAUCUUCCAGUAGAUCUACUGAGGAGGAAAUUUUUGUAAAAUGCAAUGAACUUUUCAAAGUCCAGCAUGAUGCGAGUCGAUGUAACAGAAACGUGUUGACAUCAGGAAUCGCAGGAGUGGGCAAAACUGUGUCGGUCAACAAAUUCAUACUUGAGUGGGCGAAAGGAAAGGAGAACCAAGACUUACACUUCAUUUUCCCUCUCCCCUUCCGAGAACUGAAUUUGAAGAAGGAUAAGAAGUUCAGUUUGAUAGAACUCCUAAAUCAAUGCUUUUUCACUUCAAAAACUGCACUGAGGUCUCUUCCAGAGGACGAAGGUAAAGUUCUGUUUAUUUUUGAUGGGCUGGAUGAAUACCGCUUUCCUCUCAACUUUAAUGAUGGAAAGGAAGUAAGAGAUGUCAAUCAGAGAACCUCAGUGGGCUCAUUGAUCACAAAUCUCCUGCAGAAACAUCUGCUUCCCUUUGCUCUCAUCUGGGUAACUUGUCGACCAGCAGCAGCCCAUCUGAUUCCCCGGGACUACAUUGACCUGGUGACAGAAGUGAGAGGAUUCAAUGAUAAACAAAAGAAGGCAUAUUUCAGCAAAUACUGUAGUGAAGAUGUGGCAUUUAAAAUAGUCUCACACAUCAAGAAAUCAAGGAGCCUCUACAUCAUGUGUCAGAUACCAGUCUUCUGCUGGAUCUCUGCCACUGUGCUUCAGCCACUGAUGGCUCAAGAGGGCAACGAGAGCAGACCCACAGCCCUGACAGGAAUGUAUCUAAGAUUCCUGCUACAGCAGAAAAACUUAAUGAAAAAGAAAUACCCUGAGAACACAAGCAAAACCAUUGAUGCUGAACAUGUAAUUUUAAAGCUUGGUGAACUGGCCUUCCUUAAUCUUGAGCAGGGCACUCUGAUGUUCUAUGAGGAUGACCUUAAGAAAUGUGGCAUUGAUGUCAGCGAUGGCACCGUGUUCUCAGGUGUGUGCACACAGAUUUUCAGUGAGCAGGAAGGAGUUUCUGAAAGGAAUAUUUUCAGCUUUGUCCAUCUGAGUGUCCAGGAAAGCCUCGCUGCUCUGUAUGUUCAUCACUCCCACUGCAACAAGCAAAGGAAUGCAUUCAUACCCACGGAUUUCUGGAACAAACUUACAUGGAAGACAAAGAAUCUAACAGAUCUUCAUAAAUAUGCAGUGGACAGGGCUUUACAGAGUAAAAAUGGACAUCUGGACCUUUUCCUCCGGUUUCUUCUCGGCCUCUCACUGGAGUCCCAUCAGAGUGACUUAAAAGAACUUCUUCCAAGCCUGAAGAUGAAAGGUGAGAGUGUCAGUGACACAGCUGACUACAUCAAGAAGAAACUGAGUGAGCAAGUCUUAUUUGACAAAAGCUUGAAUCUGAUCCACUGCCUGAGUGAACUGAAAGACAACUCCCUGAUGACUGAAAUCCAGAACUACCUGAACUCAGGAGAUCUCUCCACACAGACACUCUCAUCUACACAGUGGUCAGCUCUAGUUUUUGUGCUGCUGAUGUCAGAGGAGACUCAGGAGAAGUUUGAACUGAGGAACUACAGACCUUCAGAUGAAGGGCUGAGGAAACUCCUGCCUGUGGUGAAAAACACUAGACGAGCCCUGCUAGCUAGCUGUAAUCUCACUGCGGGUUCAUGCAAAACAUUUUCAUCAGUUCUUCUGUCAGAAAACUGCCUGCUGAAAGAGCUGGACCUCAGUAACAAUAAUCUGCAAGAUUCAGGAUUAGAACAUCUCUCUUCUGGACUGAAGAGUUCAUACUGUAAACUGGAGACACUCAGAUUAGCAAUCUGUAAUCUUGGAGAAAACACUUGUGAAAAUCUGGGAUCAAUUCUACAGUCAGAGAACACCUCAAUUAAAGAAUUGGAUCUCAGUAACAAUGACCUGCAGGAUUCUGGAGUGAAACUGCUCUCUGUUGGACUGAAGAGUUCAUCUUGUAAAUUGGAGAUACUCAGAUUAUCUGGUUGUAUGAUUACAGACGAGGGCUGUUCUUCUCUGGCUUCAGCUCUGAAAUCCAACCCGUUCCACCUGAGAGAACUAGAUCUGACCUAUAAUCACCCAGGAGAGUCUGGAUUGAAGCUGCUCUCUGAUCUACUGGAAGAUCCAAACUGCACUCUAAAUAUGCUCAGAGUGGAACAUGGAGGAAAGAUCAGGAUGAAACCUGGACUAAAGAAAUAUAUCUGUGAGCUCACUCUGGACCCAAACACAGCACACAAAGGAUUGUGUAUCUCUGAGGAACUAAAGUUGAUAAGUUGGUUACCGCAGUUUGGUCUGCAUCCUGAUCAUCCAGACAGGUUUGAAAACUGUCCCCAGGUCCUGUGUAGGGAGAGUCUGACUGGGCGCUGUUACUGGGAGGCUGUGUGGAUUGGGUUUCGGGCUAUUAUAGCCAUGGCUUACGGAAGCAUCAGCAGGAAAGGAGACAGAAAGGAAUGUGAGUUUGGAUCCAAUGAACAAUCCUGGAGUCUGGAAUGCUCUAAGAACAAACACUCUGUGCUGCAUAAUAAGAAGAAAAUUGAACUUCCUUCUUCCUCCACUAGCAUUAUUCCGUACCAGUUCUACACCUCCCUCUUCCCCAAAUUUGACAGAGUAGGAGUAUAUCUGGACUGGCCAGCUGGCACUCUGUCCUUCUACAAAGUCUCCCUUGAUGCACAAACACUGACCCACCUACACACAGUCCACACCACAUUCACUGAGCCACUCUAUGCAGGGCUGAUGGGCGGCUUUGGGACCUUUGUGUCUCUCUGUAAAGUAGAAUAGCCUCUAUGUGAGGUUCAGGCUUCAUUAUGCCAUGCAUUUAUGUGUACAGUUGAUGCUAAUUGCACUGUGUAAAUCAGUUCUAUGUAUCAGUGCAAUCUAGAUAUACAUUUGCAUGCAAAAGUUUGGCCACUCCUGGUCUAAUUGCUUAUUCGUAUUGAUUUUCUAAGUGAAAUAAGUGCAUCUUGUGCACAGAGAACACUCUUUAAUGCACAUUUAGUGUUUAUGUGCUGAAAGUUUUUAAGCAUUUGGUGUUGUGAUUGCACAGUAUUCUGCUCUGCGUUCCUCUUCGAUUUUUAUUGGUAGCUUGUGUUUUGGAUGCGUUGGAUUCUACUCUAAAAUUUUCUUUAUUAGGUUAUUUUAAGUAUUUUGUGUUGUGAAUGUGCUGUACACUUUACUCUGUACUUCCUUUUGGCAGGCUUUAUUUUGAUUCUCUGCAGAGAAAGACAAAGGUUAGUCAUCUGAUUUACUUUAAAUUACUUCUCUUCUAAGUUGUAAAUAAAUCUGAAACUGAAA